UUCGUAACCGUGUGCUACAUCUUAUUUGUUGUCAUUUCCGCGAAAGUCGUAAAAGCAUAGUGUUUUACAGCCAUUAAAAUUUAAAAUAAAUUUAAAUUAUGACAUUUUAGAUUUAAUUUUUAGAAUCAUUAAAUUUAAAAAGAACUUCUAAGCUCCUGAAAAAAAUUUAGACGAAAUGGCUUCUUCUUCAAAAUCAUAUGGAGCAGCAGUUGUUUGUCCAUAUCAUCCAGAUGCUAAUCUGAUUGAAGAUUAUCGAGCUGGUGACAUGAUAUGCUCAGAAUGUGGUCUUGUUGUUGGAGACAGGGUAAUUGAUGUGGGCUCUGAGUGGCGAACCUUUAGUAACGAAAAAGCUGACAGUGAUCCCUCUCGAGUUGGUGCAGCUGAAAAUCCUUUAUUGAAUGGUAGUGAUUUAUCCACAGUAAUUGGACGAGGAACUGGAGAUGCUAGCUUUGAUGACACUGGUGUAGCCAAAUAUCAAAAUAGGAGAACUAUGAGUAGUUCUGACAGAGCCUUAAUCAAUGCCUUUAAAGAAAUUGGAAACAUGGCUGAUAGAAUUAAUUUGCCCAAAACAAUUGUUGAUAGAGCUAAUAGUCUUUUUAAGCAAGUCCACGAUGGUAAAACUUUGAAAGGAAGAAGUAAUGAUGCAAUUGCAUCUUCCUGUGUUUACAUUGCUUGCAGACAAGAAGGUGUCCCUCGUACUUUUAAAGAAAUAUGUGCCGUGUCUAAAGUUUCUAAGAAGGAAAUUGGUAGAUGCUUUAAGUUGAUUCUCAAGGCAUUAGAAACAAGUGUUGAUCUCAUAACUACUGGUGAUUUCAUGUCACGUUUCUGUUCUAAUCUUGGUCUUCCAACAAGUGUGCAAAAAGGUGCAACUUAUAUUGCAAGGAAAGCUGUUGAAUUGGACAUAGUAGCUGGACGAAGCCCCAUUUCAGUGGCUGCUGCUGCUAUUUACAUGGCUUCUCAAGCUUCAGAAGAUAAAAAGUCUCAGAAAGAAAUUGGAGAUAUAGCUGGAGUUGCUGAUGUCACAAUUCGACAAUCCUACAAGCUGAUGUACCCUAGAGCAAAUGAGCUGUUCCCACCAGAUUUCAAGUUCUUCACUCCUAUUGAAAACUUGCCUCAACUAUAAUCAGGGAUUUUUUUAAAAAUUACCUGAUUAAAAUUUGUAAAUACUUAGAUGGACAAAAUUCACAGACCAAAUAUUCAUCAAAAUCAUAUAUUGUGAAUACUUCAUCUACAAUAGUCAAGAUAAUAUAUGUGGAUAUUGUAAAUUAAAUGAGCCAUUUUGUAUAAAAUUUUUAUUUUACUUCUGGGUUGUAACUGUGAUUGGUCAAAACUGAUUUUAACCAGGAUAAUACAUGAACUGUUGAGAAUAGUUUUGUUCAACCUUAUUAUUAUUGGUAAAAACAUUGUUAAUUGUGUAUAACAGGAAAAGAAUACUUCUCCCUAUCAGCUGUUGAAUAGUGAGUUUCUGCGGUCAAAAUUGAUAUUGGCCAGUGGACGACAUACCCUGGAAGUAACUUUUCGAUGUAAAUUCUUUUUCACCACUAUUACUUAUUUAAAAGAAAGAAAAAAUUAUCUACAGCAAAUCUAGAAUGAGCCUUGAAGUUUUAAUUGCAGAAAAAGAAUUUCCAGAUUUAAUUAAAUGCAAACAACUUAUAGGAAGAACUCCAAGGCAAAGUCCUAGGCUUUCUUCUCAUAAUCUACAUGGUGCUUAGUGUUUUUUAAAGGUGCUUUU